AUGGCGAGUCUUCAAACAUAUCUACAAGAGCUUGAAAGAGAGUUUACGGUGGAUACUGCAAAGCUCAAGCAUAUCACCAAACACUUUAUUGAUGAGCUAGAUAAAGGGUUGAGUGUCAAGGGCGGCAGCAUCCCAAUGAACCCAACAUGGGUAAUGCAACACCCAACCGGCAACGAGACAGGAAAAUACCUCGUCCUAGACCUCGGCGGCACAAACCUGAGGGUAUUCUCCGUCGAACUGCCCGAAGAAAAGUCGGGCUUCAAAGUCAACCAAGUCACACACAAACUUCCUAAGGAACUGAGGACAGGGCCAGCCGAAAGGCUUUGGGACUUUGUGGCUGGACAUCUCGAGGAAUUUCUCAAAACACGAACUAUUGAUGAAGGGAUUCUUCAGAGGUGGACGAAGGGUUUUGAUGUUGCUGACUGUGAAGGUCGCAACGUAGCGGCAUUGUUGAGACAAGCUAUCGCGAAAAGGAAACUCCCUCUCAAGGUCCGAGUCGUGACAAACGAUACGACCGCCACGAUGAUGGCCUCAGCAUACAUCAACUCCGAAACAGAAAUUGGCUGCGUUUUCGGCACGGGUUGCAACGGCGCCUACUUCGAGAGAUGCCAGUCCAUCCCCAAGCUUGACAUGGAAGCACUUCCAGCCGAAGCACUCAUGGCGAUUAAUUGUGAAUGGGGAGCUUUUGACAAUGAGCAUGUCGUGUUACCGUUGACGUCUUUUGACAUUGCGAUUGAUGAUGCGUCGCCGAGGAAGGGCCAGCAGGCGUUUGAGAAGAUGGUCGCAGGGCUGUAUCUUGGUGAGCUGUUUCGAUUGAUCAUGCUCGAUGUUAAGAAGAGGGAGGAAGCGUUGUUGGAGGGGCAGAGUUUGGAGAAGAUGCAGGAGCCGUAUUUUAUGGAUUCGUCGUUUUUGUCGGCGAUUGAAGAGGACACAUCGACAGAUUUCAAGACAUCGCAUGACCUCUCUGUCGCAAAGCUCGGAGUAUCUCCAAGCUUAAAAGAGCUCGAGUUCAUGAAAAGCGUCGCGACGCUAAUAACAACCCGCGCGGCGCGUCUCUCAUCAACAGGCGUCGCAGCGAUAUGCUUGAAGAGGAAUCUCAAGGCAUGUUGUGUUGGCGUUGAGGGCUCUCUGUUUGAGAAGCAUCCUCAUUUCAAACGAGAGCUGUCCAAAGCUUUAGGUGAGAUCCUUGGUUGGGAGAAGUUGUCACCUACUGGCAAAAAUGAUGUGGAGUUGAUGCUGUCACCUGGAAGUGGUGUUGGUGCAGCGGUUAUUGCGUCAACGCUUACUAGAAGCAAGCAUCAAAUCUGA